AUGGUUUUCAAAGACUUUUUGACCACUGUGAAAUCAACGGUCUCUUCCUUGUUGUUAGAACCGGUCCCCACAAACCAGACUGAACAACAACCAGACACUAACAUAUUCGAGUCCUCUUUGAACCCAUAUCAAUACCCGAUGGAAUUAAAACGAACACCUGUUAAGGAACGUGAUGUACACUUUGACGAUUUCAGUAGUACCCGACUUCCUUCCUCCGGAUUAAUUCCUCUAUCAAACAAGAGAAAAUUUAUUCCGACAUCAUCUGGUGUAGUUCCUGGAAACGUACCUUCCAAUAACGCCAUUUACCUGAAAAACGGUCCAUACAAGACCAUCAAAGCCGAACCAAACUACCAGACUGUGUUCACGAUUCCCAUAAAACCGGAAGAACAAGGAAGCAGCUCAAAAGUCUGUUUUGAAUAUGAUUUCAAUUCAAUUAAAGAGUUGAAAGUUAGUAACCUACCGACUAACCGAGAAUCAACGGAUGGCCCAAAAAUGAUAACCGAAUUCAAGACGAAAAUUUUUCCGGAACGUUGUCACAAUCAAGUUCCGACAACCAACAACAUGCAAGAGGCAACCGACCGGACCCGCAUAGUAACCCAACCUACUAUGUGGAAAUCGAAACGUGCCUCAUCCUUAUUACCUGACAGUACUGAGUCUAUGGUUAAAAAUACCGAAAUCACGACGGUCGAUGAUUUACCGGAGAUAACGAAAAUCGCACAAGAGUAUUUGCUAGAUUUAAAAAACGACAACCAGAAUCACAAAAACGAGAUUGGAGUAUGUCAGAAUGUCAGCGCCAGACUACACGGUGUUGAAGAGAUGGCACAGGAGGUGGAAUCUAUGAAGGAAACUCUCGACGAGUGCAAAUUGGAUAGUCGGAAAUGUCAGCUACCCAAUCCAGAAAAACCGGAUGAUUACGAUGAAUGUUUAAAGCAACUUAGAUACGAGAAUUCUCACCUGAAAAACGAUCUCGAGAUGAAAGCUGCUUUGCUGGAUUCCCAAGCGGAGCAUAUACACGAGCUGUUGACUACGGAAAACCAAAUGCACAAGAAAUAUCGUAAUAUGUCUGAAAUGAAAACUGAAUUAACUACCCGGAAUGCGGAACUGGAAAGAGACAAAUCUUUGCUAGAGUUGAAGAAUGCCGACCUGAAGAAGAACCUAAUGCGAAUGGAGCGAAAGAAUCGAAAGAAUCAAGAUCUUUGGGACACCCGAGAGAAUGUUUUGCAAUCGGUGCAAAAAGCGGAAAAGUUGACUAACGACCAAGUGGAGACUCAACCGGAAGCUCAGUCACAAGAGAAACUGCUGGAUCUAGAACAACAAAAGCAACUCGUAUACGACAAUUCAAACCUGAAAACCGAACUCGAGACGUCAGCUCGUAAGUUGAGUUUGCAAUCGGAAGAAAUUAAAAACCUGACGGCUAGAACAAACGAACUGACCAACAGGUUGGAGGAAACAUCAUUGAAAAAUGAUGAGCUGAUUCGUGAGUUGGUUAUUUCACGGAACAUGGCUUCGGCGAUUACCGAUGGCUUCCACCAGAUUGAAUCAAAAUUGAAAAAGGAGAUUAACGACUUAAAAGAUCAGUUGAACUCAAAGCAGAAAAUCUUGGAGGAAAAAGACGUGAUUUUGGAGUCUACCCUGCAGGACAAAAAGGUUGCUGCCCAAAAAGACGAAGAGAUGCACCAAUCACAGCUCGAACUUCAACUAGCCCAUCAGAAAAAUCUAAACGAUCAGUUAGAAAAUCAAUUAACCGAAUUGAAAAGAACAAUGAAACAGAUAACGGCGGAACGGGGGAAAUUUCGUUUUCUUUACGAGGACGCUACUGAAUUGUCCGCUGAACAAGCCCGGAAAUUGGCCGAGCAAACCAGACAACAAGCUGCUGAUAAUGGUCUCCUUCUUUCGGAAAAAACUCAACUAGAAAAAGAGUUGGCUGCAUCCCUGUCUGAAAUCGACGAGCUCAAGAAAGAGAAAUCCGUUUUGCUCUGCAAUGCCUCAACGGCCACCGAAUCUCGGCUUCGAAACGAAAUCGUCAAUUUAAAAUCUAAAAUAGAAGAUCAGAAUGAGACCCUGUCCUCAAACACGUCGGAGCUGGAACGAAUUAAACUCGACGACAGUUUCCUAUACAUAAGCUUGGAAUCUACCAAAGCAAUGCUCGCAAAAAAGGAGACUGAAAACGAGGAUUUAAAUAUCCGGAAUUCGGACCUGAAAAGCGAAAAAUCUUUGCUAGAAGUAUAUAAUAAAAACCUGAAGAAGGAGGCUGAAGAUUCAUGGAGAAAACUAGAGCGAAUGGAGCGAGAAAAUCGAGAUCUUCUGAACGCCCGAGAUGAGGUUUUGCAAUCGGCCCAAAAGGCGGAAAAGUUGGCUAAAGACCAAGUAGAAGCACUAUCGGAAGCUCUGGCUGCACUGCAAGAAGCACUUGAAUGUACUUUGGACGCAGCUGCAGCGACGAAAGCAGAACGAAAAUCGAUGAACUCUGGUGCGACUAAAACCGAAGGAGAAAUCCCGAAAAAGAGAAAUUGGAUUAAAAAACUGAUUGCCAAGAGUAAAAGCAGCAAAAGUCGACAGAAUGAAGAUGGAUACGCGGAUUUCCUGGAAACGACAGGGCAAAAGAUGGUGCAAAGGGCCAAAAGUCUGCAAGAGCAUGCGAACAACAUCAAAGCAGAAGGCAAAGCGCUAAAGAAGAAAGCUAAACUAAUUCAAAAAUAA